CGAACAACCAGAAUCGCCCAACAAUUCGCACACCACCGAAUAACCACAAAGAUGGCCGCCACAGACUCCCUCGCAGGGGACUCUCAAGUUACUACCCUUCGCAAGAUCAUAACUUCUGAGAAAGAGCCUCUGGCACGUCGGUUCCGCGCAUUGUUCUCUCUUAAGUAUCUUGCAUCCCUCCAGCCUCCCACCGAGCAAACGGUGCCCGCCAUCGAUGCGAUCGCUGCGGCUUUCAUAUCGCCCUCCGCACUCCUGAAGCACGAGUUGGCUUACUGCCUCGGACAGUCCCGCCACGAUGCCGCGAUUGCACCACUCCGACAUGUUCUAGAAGACAAAGAGGAGGACGCAAUGUGUCGUCACGAAGCCGCUGAAGCACUGGCAGCACUGGGAGACAAGAACAGCCUGGAGCUUCUCAAGCAGCUCCGAGACGAUGUUGGGGAAGUUGACGUGGUGAGAGAGACGUGUGACAUUGCCGUCGAUCGAAUUGAGUGGGAGCAUGGCCUACAGAGCAAGCAAGAACAGUUGAAGAAAAGCGAUUUCACAUCCAUCGAUCCAGCACCACCACUGCCACAGAGUUCCGAAAAGCCUUCCAUCCCGGAGCUUGAGAAAACCCUCCUAGACACUUCUUUGCCUUUGUUCCAUCGCUACCGAGCCAUGUUUGCGCUCCGAGAUCUAUCUUCGCCACCUGAUCUGCCGACUGCAGUGCCAGCAGUUCAGGCACUUGCACGAGGUUUCAGCGAUCCAUCCGCCCUUUUUCGUCAUGAGAUCGCUUUCGUAUUCGGGCAGUUGUCACAUCCUGCUUCCAUUCCUAGCCUAGUCGAGACCCUGAGUGAUACCAAAGAGGCGAGCAUGGUGCGCCAUGAGGCCGCAGAGGCGUUGGGAAGCCUUGGUGACGAAGAAGGAGUCGAAGAUGUCCUGAGGAAGUUUCUGAACGAUCCGGAGCAAGUUGUUCGCGAUAGCGUUAUCGUGGCUCUGGACAUGGCAGAAUUCGAGAAGAACGGCGAGGUUGAAUAUGCGAUUGUGCCCGAGAGCAACCCGAUCGCAGCGGCAUAGAUCUGGAGUGAUACACCCAUAGAGUUCAUGAUAUAAUGCGUCUAAAAAGAAAGUACAGCGGCACAUUCAAUUAUUUGUAUUCCAU